AUGGAAUCAAUCAAUGAGGCUGCGGCCUUUGUUGGCAUCAACUCAAAGUUGCUUGGAUGCAUGGGCUUUGCGGUCCUUGUCGUAUUGGCGGUAUUUCUAGUCGAUUAUGUUGACCUGCUAUAUCGCUCCCUACCCUACAUGAAGUUAGCCCCGGCAUAUCCGGGCAGCUAUCUUACGGGCAGGUUUUGGGCGGGAGACACAACAGGUGAAGGUCUGGAAAAGUCUGGAACUGAGGGAUACUAUCGAUACACCAAACGGGGCAAAGUGUUCGCAAGGAAGACGGAACUAAACAACUGGUCCCUCAUUUUCCCGUCGGAAACCAGCCGUGAAUGGCGCAAUCUACCACUUGACCAGAUCAGCUUUUCACACUGGGCUCAAGAGGGGGGACAAAUCAAGAACCAUACAGUGCUUACCAAAGCCCACUCAAAGGUCGCUCUUCUCUUUGGAAAAAAGGACUUGCUCUUGGCUGUUCAGAAGAUCCUUGUUAGGGAAACCCCUCGCCUGCUCCCUGGAAUUAUCGGCGCCGGUAAAGACUCACUUUCAGAAUGGGUACCGCUUAACCUUAUGCAAGCCUGCAGCGACUUGGUCAUCAAGCUCAAUGCCAGGGUUCUGUACGGCCCAGCGUAUGCUGAUGAUCAGGAUUUCCAUAGGCGAUUGAUCAUGUUUGCCAAUGGUGUCGAUGGCAUCAACUCUGUCUACUUCGCUUGGCCUCGUUCCUUAUGGGGGAUUGUAUCACUCAUUCAUCCUACCAUUCGAGGGUUCUAUGCGAACCUCCCAGAGCUGAAGAAGAAAUUGGUACCUGAUGCCCGAGCCCGCAUUGCUAAACUACAGGCCAAAGCAGCACAAAGAAAGGGUAACGUCCCUGCAUCUGAUGAAGACAUUACCUUCAUGACUGCCCUUCUACAAAUGCAUAUCGAGGAUGGUACCCUGAAAGAAGAGGAAAAUGACAUCGAGAAUAUGUGCAUGGAGGCAGUCUUCUAUACAUACGAAUUCUGGGGCCCAAUAAUGCCCACACUGUUCUUUAUGAUCAUGGAAAUCGGUAAAAAUCCGGGCUACCUACAGGCACUCCGAGAAGAGAUAUCCUCGGCACUCGGAUCCAAUGGUUGGUCUUCUGAUUUCCUGACACGUACUCCUAAGUUUGAGAGUUUUAUCAGAGAGAUACUUCGUUUAUACCUUCCAGCCCAGUCUACCGUCAGUCGCCGAACAGAGAAGCCUAUCUACGUAGAGUCCAUGGAUAUGAACAUCCCCGCUGGAGUCAAUCUCUGCGUGCCAGCCAAAUUUAUCCAUCACGAUCCAGACUUUUAUCCAGAUCCGACCACUUUUGACGGAUUCCGUUUCUAUGACCCAGUAACCAAUAAUGUCACAAUCCGUGCUACUACUGCCACCGACACCUAUCUGUCAUUUAGCCACGGAACAGGUCUGUGUCCGGGAAGAACUUUUGGGGUGCAUAUUGUCCAAGUGCUUUGUGCAAUCUUUAUCAUGGAGUACGAUGUGAAACUGGACCCCAACGAUAAACAGGGCUUCCCUGACGUCCAAUCAACAAAAGAAGGGCGUGGAGACGGCAUGAUUGGUACGACAAAUAUCCUGAUUCGAAAGCGCAUGCCAAGUGUCUGA